UUUUUAACCAGGAGUUUGUCUUGCAGGGGCUGCUCCUGGAACCUGAUCUUGCUCUUCUCUUUGGGGCGGGCUUAGGAGGAGUCAGGUGGCUUGGCACAGCUCCAUGGCUUUGCCAAGAAGGUUGGCAGGUGGCGCUGUUGCUCAGCAGCUGGAAGGGAAUCUGAAGGCUUCCCCACCCCAAGUAGUACCAAUGAGAGGUUCAGAUAAGCUUUGGGUGCUGUUAAUUCUCCACAUUAUAGUCUCAAAGUUAGAAACCAGCUAGAUCCAGAGAACAGGAUUCUAAUGUGAGAUGCUGAGACCUCUGUGGGGAGAGGGCAGCUAUGCUGUUAGCUGCUGUUAGAUUUAGGAGUUGGGUCAUGGAUUGUUUUUGUUUUGUUAUUUGAGAUGGAGUCUCAGGCUGGAGUGCAGUGGUGUGAUCUCGGCUCACUGCAACCUCCACCUCCUGGGUUCAAACGAUUCUCCUACCUCAGCCUCCCCAGUAGCUGGGAUUACAUGAGCCUGCUACCACACCCAGCUAAUUAUUAUAUUUUAGUGGAGACAGGUGUUUUGCCAUAUUGGCCAGGCUAGUCUCGAACUCCUGACCUCAAGUGAUCCGCCCGCCUCAACCUCCCAAAGUGCUGGGAUUACAGGCAUGAGCCACUGCACCCUGCUGGGUGAUGGGUUUUUUUUGUUUGUAUUUUUUGAGACGGUGUCUCACUCUGUCGCCCAGGCUGGAGUGCAGUGGCGUGAUCCAGCUCACUGCAAGCUCUGCCUCCCGGGUUCACGCCAUUCUCCUGCCUCAGCCUCCCGAGUAGCUGGGACUACAGGCGCCCGCCACCACGCCCGGCUAAUUUUUGUUUGUUUGUUUGUUUGUAUUUUUAGUAGAGACGGGGUUUUACCGUGUUAGCCAGGAUGGUCUCGAUCUCCUGACCUCGUGAUCCACCCGCCUGGACUUCCCAAAGUGCUGGGGUUAACAGGCGUGAGCCACCGCGCCUGGCCUGGGUGAUGGUUUUAACGCACGGCUCUUACCUGAGAACUUAGGGUGCUAAGCUUUAAUUACACUUUUCCAUGGUUGCAACAAGCUGUGUUUUCUAAAGCUCUCUUCCUGGACUGGGGAGGCCUUUGGGGCAGGAGUAAAACUUCCUCAUUUGCUCCAAGACUGCUGCUUUCUGGGCUAGGAAGGCGCUGAGACUAGCAGCUGGCUGGACUUCCUGCUGCUAGUUUCAUCAGCUUUCUUUUCCCCUGGGAAUCCCCGGCAGGCCUCCCCCUUCCCCAUCUGAGCAGCGCCGCUCAGGCAGCCUCCCCCAUCGGCAGGACUCUGCCGCCCCCAGGCUUGCCCACCCUGCGUGCUCCAACCCCAGUGUGUUCACUGGAAAGGCCGCUGUCCUGCGCAGAGGUGGUGGCGGACGUGCCUUGCUCUACUGAAGUCCACAUCCUAGGGCAGGUGAUGAGCAGGAGGGUAUAGACCACCAGAGACCCCUGAGGUGUCACCUAAGCAGGGACUUGAUGGGAGUGAGUCUCGUGGGGACUCGGGGAGGCUCAUCCAAGUGGAGCACAGUGGAGGGGUCGUGUUUGGAGCUGGGUGACCUGAGGGCCCGGGAGGUUGUGGAUGGUCAGGGCCAAGUACUGUUCACUUGUUCACCUGGCAGGUCUGAGUUCAUGAGUUUGAAGGUAGCCCUACGCGGAGCUAGGAAAAACUGCAAAAUGGACUUGUUUCCCUCUGGGGCCUUGAGGGAUCCUUGGUUGAUAGGGAUAGCCAGGCUGGAGCCGAUUUAACUUGUGAGUCCCAAAUAACCUGGAGACACUCUGUCAAUUCCUGGGCUCUCCCUCCGGCAGCCCAGUGAUGUUUCAAAGCCCAAGGUCCCCACCUCAUGUGACAGGCUGGGGAUGGCAGACACUUCCCACAAAAGUGGACCUAGCCCUGAACACACACAGCUGGGGGACUUGUUGAGUUUGCACUGAGCUUCCCUCCAAAUGAGGAAGGGGGCGUUUUUAUGGUGUUGAGUCGCUAAGCCCCGCUCUCCCUAGCUUCCUGUGCUCUCUGGGGACAAAGGUGGGGGCCCCUGGAACCUUCUGUGGGCUGGCAGCGUGCUUCCUGCACCCAGCGCCAGCCCGCCCUGGGGAGGGGCUGAACCCGCCCUGCUCGUGAUAAGGCACAGGCAAGGGCUGCCCUGAAGGAAGCUCCAAAGAGAAAGGAGGGCAGGAAGCCCACGGCCCACAGCGGUGUAGCCCGAGACCCACCUGCAGCCCCCAGCCCUUGCCAGGAAAGCAGCAGCUGCAGCCAUGGCGGGGAUGAAGACAGCCUCCGGGGACUACAUCGACUCAUCAUGGGAGCUGCGGGUGUUUGUGGGAGAGGAGGACCCGGAGGCCGAGUCGGUCACCCUGCGGGUCACUGGGGAGUCGCACAUCGGCGGGGUGCUCCUGAAGAUUGUGGAGCAGAUCAAUCGCAAGCAGGACUGGUCAGACCAUGCUAUUUGGUGGGAACAGAAGAGGCAGUGGCUGCUGCAGACCCACUGGACACUGGACAAGUACGGGAUCCUGGCCGACGCACGCCUCUUCUUUGGGCCCCAGCACCGGCCCGUCAUCCUUCGGUUGCCCAACCGCCGCGCACUGCGCCUCCGUGCCAGCUUCUCCCAGCCCCUCUUCCAGGCUGUGGCUGCCAUCUGCCGCCUCCUCAGCAUCCGGCACCCCGAGGAGCUGUCCCUGCUCCGGGCUCCUGAGAAGAAGGAGAAGAAGAAGAAAGAGAAGGAGCCAGAGGAAGAGCUCUAUGACUUGAGCAAGGUCGUCUUGGCUGGGGGCGUGGCACCUGCACUGUUCCGGGGGAUGCCAGCUCACUUCUCAGACAGCGCCCAGACCGAGGCCUGCUACCACAUGCUGAGCCGGCCCCAGCCUCCACCCGACCCCCUCCUGCUCCAGCGUCUGCCACGGCCCAGCUCCCUGUCAGACAAGACCCAGCUUCACAGCAGGUGGCUGGACUCGUCGCGGUGUCUCAUGCAGCAGGGCAUCAAGGCCGGGGACGCACUCUGGCUGCGCUUCAAGUACUACAGCUUCUUCGAUUUGGAUCCCAAGACAGACCCCGUGCGGCUGACACAGCUGUAUGAGCAGGCCCGGUGGGACCUGCUGCUGGAGGAGAUUGACUGCACCGAGGAGGAGAUGAUGGUGUUUGCCGCCCUGCAGUACCACAUCAACAAGCUGUCCCAGAGCGGGGAGGUGGGGGAGCCGGCUGGCACAGACCCAGGGCUGGACGACCUGGAUGUGGCCCUGAGCAACCUGGAGGUGAAGCUGGAGGGGUCGGCGCCCACAGAUGUGCUGGACAGCCUCACCACCAUCCCAGAGCUCAAGGACCAUCUCCGAAUCUUUCGGCCCCGGAAGCUGACCCUGAAGGGCUACCGCCAACACUGGGUGGUGUUCAAGGAGACCACACUGUCCUACUACAAGAGCCAGGACGAGGCCCCUGGGGACCCCAUUCAGCAGCUCAACCUCAAGGGCUGUGAGGUGGUUCCCGAUGUUAACGUCUCCGGCCAGAAGUUCUGCAUUAAACUCCUAGUGCCCUCCCCUGAGGGCAUGAGUGAGAUCUACCUGCGGUGCCAGGAUGAGCAGCAGUAUGCCCACUGGAUGGCUGGCUGCCGCCUGGCCUCCAAAGGCCGCACCAUGGCCGACAGCAGCUACAGCAGCGAGGUGCAGGCCAUCCUGGCCUUCCUCAGCCUGCAGCGCACGGGCAGUGGGGGCCAGGGCAACCACCCCCACGGCCCUGAUGCCUCUGCCGAGGGCCUCAACCCCUACGGCCUCGUUGCCCCCCGUUUCCAGCGAAAGUUCAAGGCCAAACAGCUCACCCCACGGAUCCUGGAAGCCCACCAGAAUGUGGCCCAGUUGUCGCUGGCAGAGGCCCAGCUGCGCUUCAUCCAGGCCUGGCAGUCCCUGCCCGACUUCGGCAUCUCCUAUGUCAUGGUCAGGUUCAAGGGCAGCAGGAAAGACGAGAUCCUGGGCAUCGCCAACAACCGACUGAUCCGCAUCGACUUGGCCGUGGGCGACGUGGUCAAGACCUGGCGUUUCAGCAACAUGCGCCAGUGGAAUGUCAACUGGGACAUCCGGCAGGUGGCCAUCGAGUUUGAUGAACACAUCAAUGUGGCCUUCAGCUGCGUGUCUGCCAGCUGCCGAAUUGUACACGAGUACAUCGGGGGCUACAUUUUCCUGUCGACGCGGGAGCGGGCCCGUGGGGAGGAGCUGGAUGAAGACCUCUUCCUGCAGCUCACUGGGGGCCAUGAGGCCUUCUGAGGGCUGUCUGACUGCCCCUGCCCUGCUCACCACCUGUCAUAGCCACUCCCAAGCCCACACCCACAGGGGCUCACUGCCCCACACCCGCUCCAGGCAGGCACCCAGCUGGGCAUUUCACCUGCUGUCACUGACUUUGUGCAGGCCAAGGACCUGGCAGGGCCAGAUGCUGCACCAUCACCCAGGCCAGGGAUGGGGGUGGGGGUCCCUGAGCUCAUGUGGUGCCCCCUUUCCUUGUCUGAGUGGCUGAGGCUGAUACUCCUGACCUAUCUGCAGUCCCCCAGCACACAAAGAAGACCAGAUGUAGCUACAGGAUGAUGAAACAUGGUUUCAAACUGGAGUUUCUUUCUUGUUACUUUUUAAAAUUUCUUUUUUAUAAAUUAA